UCAGCCUACUGUAUUUCUGAUAAAAACUACGUAUCUAGUAUCUUCUUUACCUACGUUUUAAACAUAACCAACUUAGAUAUGAAAAGUAGAAAGUGUGGGUAGGCUUCUACAAAUUCAAAAUGGGGACUGUGGAAUAUGGUUUUCCGAUGAUCGGAGGUUUAAUGCCACAAAUUCAAGCGCUGAUUGCCCCGCCCGUAUCAGAAGAUUCAAAAACAGCAAAAAAUAAAAAGGAUAAGGAAGAAAAGAAGCAUCCAUACUUUAAAAGACGUGGACGAGGUCAUAAUCGCGAUACCUGCGAUGCUUGUAGAGAUGGAGGAGAACUUAUAUGUUGUGACAAAUGUCCUGCAUCAUAUCAUUUACAAUGCCAUUAUCCAGCAGUGGAUCCAGCAGAUAUUCCUAAUGGAGAGUGGUUAUGUUAUGCAUGUCGAUGUGCUUCAAAAAAAAACCUUUUGGAUAGUAAAGGAAAUGAAAAGAAUAAAAAAAAAUCUGCUCUGGAGGUACUAGCUUUAGCAGCAUCUCUUGUUAAUCCUAGAGAGUUUGAAUUGCCUAAAGAAUUGCAAUUACCAAUAAUGUUUCCUGGUAGUAAUAAAAUGGAUUAUGUAUCAGGCAGAAGAGGAAAACAACAAACUGGAAAUAAUAAUGCAGGGAAAAAUCAUUGUUUAGAUAGUAAUUUAAUGGUACCUUUACCAGCACGUUUGUGUUUUGAAUGCGGACGUAGUUGCAGAAAAGCACCAUUAAUUGCAUGUGAUUACUGUCCAUUGUAUUUUCAUCAAGAUUGUUUGGAUCCUCCACUUACUGCUUUUCCUAUUGGUAGAUGGAUGUGUCCUAAUCAUCCAAAUCAUUUCAUAGAUCAAAAUUUAUUGACGUCAUGUAGGGUAACAGAGCGUAUUAAACUUUGGGAUAAAUAUGCUAAUCAACGUAUAGAUCAACAUGCAGUAAAAUUAGAUUUUUUGCGUAAAGCGCGUGCAACAAAUCCACUUUUUCGUACAAAGGUUAGAUUAGAAGGUCGAACAAGAGUAAAAGUUCCUUGUUCUGUGAAAUUUCAUUACGAGCAUCCACCAGAAUUGGAUCCUAUACGUUUCUAUCAUGAUGCUGCCAUACGACCAGUAGCCAAAAGCGCAAAAGAGCAAGGUACAGAAAGAAAUGAUUGUAAAACUCUUAAAGUAGAAUGCACAGAAAUAAAGAAACCCGAAGAACAAAUGGAAAUAGAAAAAGAGAUUGAAGAGAAUAAUGAAAUCAAAGAGGAAAAGAAUAAAGAGUAUAUAAGUAAUAAAACUAAUUGUAAAGAAAAAGUAGAACAAGAAAACAUAAAUGAUGGUAAUUGUAAAGAUGAUAAUAAUGUUGGAUAUUAUACAGAACAUUUUGGUUAUGAUAUAAAAGAAGGUGUACAGUUACUUGAAAGACCAGUAUUGGAAGUAUUAGCAUUCCAACGAUUAGAACAAAUUCUAGAUUCAGAUGGAGAAAAUUAUCAUUCGCUCAAUUGUCAUAUGAUGGCUAGAGCUGCACUGUUUUCCUUAAAUCAUAAACUUAAACCACCAGCUUUUAUGGUUCAUAAAACAUUAACUAUAGGAAGUGGCCCAAACUGUGAUUUAGUUCUAUCUAAUUAUGGUAAUUGCAGCUUUACAUCUUCAAAGCAUGCAAUUAUUUUCUUCGAUGAGAGUACAAAACGUUAUGAACUAUUAAACUACAGUGAAUAUGGAACUAUGGUUGAUAAUGUACUUUAUUCUUGUAACUAUACAGACAUAGGAAAAGAUGAAGUAAAAGAAGAAGUUGAUGAGAAAAUACAAAUAACGACUAAAGAGCAGAAAACAACAGAAGCUAUAAAAGCUAUCAUAAAAGAAAAAGUUUUACUUUCUCAAGAACAAAUAGAAAAGAAAAGAGUAUUGUGUAAAUGUAACUUGACAAAGUAUGAAUCAAGGAUUACAGAUCAUUUAGAAGAGGGCUGGGAAGGAAGUGCUAUUGUUGCUCAUGGGUCAACAUUAGCUUUUGGAUGUCUAUUGUUCGUAUUUAAUACGGUAAAUGCACAUUUGGAACGGUGAAAUCUUGCACUGUAAAUAUUCUAUCAUUUCCAUGUACAGAUAUUUUCAUAAGCUAACAAUAAUUAAAUUAAUGAAACAAAUUUUUUUAAUUCCAUUCUAU